AUGUGGCCCAAUAUCAGCGCUGCCCCCUUUUUGCUGACUGGCUUCCCAGGUCUGGAGGCUGCCCAUCACUGGAUCUCCAUCCCCUGGAUCUCCAUCCCCUUCUUUGCAGUCUACGUCUCUGUGCUUCUUGGCAAUGGCACUCAUGACCACAGCCUCCAUGAACCCAUGUACUAUUUCCUUGCCAUGCUGGCAGGCACAGAUCUGAUGGUGACAUUGACCACGAUGCCUACUGUCAUGGGUGUCUUAUGGAUGAAUCACCGGGAGAUAAGCCACGGAGCCUGCUUCCUGCAGGCCUACUUCAUUCACUCCCUUUCAGUCGUGGAAUCGGGUAUCUUACUUGCCAUGGCCUAUGACCGUUUUAUUGCCAUCCACAAUCCCUUGAGAUACACUUCCAUUCUCACCAAUAUUCGAGUGGUAAUGUUAGGGAUGGGAGCUUUCAUGAGGGGUUUUAUAUCCAUUAUCCCUGUAAUCUUGCGUCUCUUUUCAUUUCCAUAUUGCCACUCUCAUGUUCUCUCCCAUGCUUUCUGUCUUCAUCAAGAAGUCAUGAAACUGGCCUGUGCUGACAUAACUUUCAAUAGACUUUACCCUGUAAUUUUGGUUUGUUUAACAAUCUUCCUAGAUUCUCUGAUCAUCCUUUUCUCCUAUAUCCUAAUUCUUAAGACUGUCAUGGGCAUAGCCUCCGGUGAAGAGAGAACCAAAGCCCUCAACACUUGUAUCUCCCACAUCAGCUGUGUCCUCAUCUUUUAUGUCACUGUGAUUGGUCUGUCAUUCAUCUAUAGGUUUGGGAAAAAUGUGCCAUCAGUGGUCCACAUUAUAAUGAGCUAUGUCUACUUCCUCUUUCCUCCUUUAAUGAAUCCUAUCAUCUAUAGCAUCAAGACCAAGCAAAUUCAAUAUGGCAUUCUUCGCCUUUUAUCCAAAGAUCGAUUCGGAAGUUAA